AAAAAGGGAAAAAAAUCUUCUUCCUCGUACACAGGCAGAGGAUGAUGAUGAUCUUCAUCAAGAUCCUCGUCUCUUGAACCCAAAAGAAAUUUCCAUUUAUAACUCGUUUCUGUACAUAAACUUUGUGAGAUUUUUAAAAGCAUAUAGAAGAAGAAGAAAAAUGAAUGAUUUAUUCUCUAGUUCGUUCAAGAAGUACUCGGACCUGAAGCAACAGGCCCAAGCGGACGAUCUUGAGGCAGGUAAAGAGACGAUGAACCUCGAUAAAUUCUUCGAGGAUGUCGAAAAUGUCAAAGACGACAUGAAAGGCGUAGAGACUCUUUACAAGAAGCUUCAGGACUCCAAUGAGGAGUGCAAGACGGUCCACAACGCCAAGAAGGUGAAGGAGCUGCGAGCUAAGAUGGAUGGAGAUGUCUCUCAGGUCCUCAAGAGAGUCAAGAUGAUCAAGCAGAAGCUCGAGGCCCUCGAAAAGGCGAAUGCUAAUAGCCGCAAUGUCCCUGGUUGUGGCCCUGGCUCUUCCACUGAUAGAACUAGGACCUCUGUUGUUAGCGGACUCGGGAAGAAACUCAAGGAUUUGAUGGAUAGCUUUCAGGGUUUAUGUGCGCGGAUGAAUGAUGAGUAUAAAGAGACAGUAGAACGCAGCAUACAUACUUCACGAACAGGCGAAAAGGCAGACGAACAGACGAUUGAGAACUUGAUUUCUAGCGGUGAGAGCGAGAAUUUUUUGCAGAAAGCGAUACAAGAACAAGGGAGGGGUCAGAUAUUGGACACGAUAUCAGAGAUUCAAGAGAGACACGAUGCUGUAAAAGAGAUAGAGAAGAAUCUCAUAGAGCUUCACCAAGUGUUCUUAGACAUGGCGGCUCUGGUGGAAGCACAAGGACAGCAGCUAAAUGACAUAGAGAGCCACGUGUCAAAGGCGAGUUCGUUCGUGAGAAGAGGAACAGAUCAGCUACAAGAUGCGAGAGAGUACCAAAAAAGCUCGAGGAAAUGGACAUUUUACGCUAUCAUUCUCUUCCUCGUCGUCUUCGCUUUGCUUCUUAUACCUGCCUUCCCUCAUAUCAUGCUCAUGUUGAAGUAAUUUUUGUUUUUGAUAGAAUCUUGCUUAUAACUAUUUGUUUCCAUCUUAAUUUCAAUGGUAAGAUUAGAUUUUUGUAAUUUUUUUAAUUAAGAUAAGAAGUACUAUGAUUAGCUUUGAAGAGAA